UUCAGCCUGUCAAUCAAAAAUGGAAAAAAUACUAUUUUGAAUUUAAAUCAUUCAAGUACGCAUACACCUCGAUGAUAACACAAUCUUAAGUGCGCUACAAUAUUACUAUUUACAAGACUUCCCCUAACCUUCUACUGUUAAGUAGCUUUGAAUGAAUUAAAUUCUCGUCUGUGCUCCUUGGGUCUCAUCACUUAAUGAUUUAUGUCGGCAAUUUGAACACGAGACACCAAUCUAAUGCUUUAAGUCCAUAAACAGCUCAAAAGUAAUUUUCUGAUAUUUAAGAGCGCUUUAAUUUAGAGGCGGCGCUUGUUGGCAACAGAGUAACGUCGCGACGACACUUUUUUUCAAUCCCAGUAAAAAAAGAGUUUGAGCAGGAACCGAGUUGUGUAUAUGUAGCAGGGGGGUCCGGCUGCAUCUGGGGGGUGACUGUUGAUUUUUGUAUCCCAUUUUAUUUUUAUUUUUUAUUCACUCCUAAUUGUCCUCACUUCGAUAAAUCCACUGCGGACACGCGCAUCUGGACGUACAGCUUUUCGUAUAGACCAUGAACAAACUCUAUGUAGGGAAUCUGAGUCCUUCAGUGACCGUGGAGGACCUGAAGCAGCUCUUUGGCGAGAGGAAGCUUCCCGUGACCGAUCAGGUCCUGCUCAAAUCCGGCUAUGCUUUCGUGGACUUCCCCGACCAGAACUGGGCGAUUAAAGCCAUCGAGACUCUAUCGGGGAAAGUUGAAUUACAUGGAAAAGUGAUAGAGGUCGACUACUCUGUUCCUAAAAAAUUAAGGAGUCGGAAGAUUCAGAUCCGGAACAUUCCUCCUCAUCUGCAGUGGGAGGUCUUGGAUGGCCUUUUAGCACAGUAUGGUACUGUAGAAAAUGUGGAACAAGUUAACACUGAUACAGAAACAGCAGUGGUGAAUGUCACAUACUCAACAAAAGAGGAGGCUAAAAUAGCUGUAGAGAAGUUAACAGAAGAGAAGUUUGAGGAUUACUCCUUUAAAGUGUCUUAUAUAUUGGAUAUGGAUGCUGCUUCGCCUCUGCCUGCGACUCGGAAUCGUCGGGGUGGACGGUCAUCACGGGAACAAGAUUCCCAACCGGGGACCUCUGGAGGCUCCCUGGGGCUUCGUCAAAAACAGCCAGACUUCGCUUUGCGUAUGCUGGUGCCCACACAGUUCGUGGGGGCCAUUAUUGGCAAAGAGGGGCUUACAAUCAAAAACAUCACCAAACAAACACAGUCUAAGGUGGACAUCCAUCGUAAGGAAAAUGCAGGAGCCGCAGAGAAGCCGAUCACCAUCCACUCCACACCUGAGGGCUGCUCGGCUGCGUGCCGCAUGAUCAUGGACAUCAUGCAGAAAGAAGCGGAUGACACAAAAGUAACUGAAGAUAUUCCUCUGAAGAUUCUGGCUCACAACAGUCUGGUCGGAAGACUGAUCGGGAAGGAGGGCAGGAAUCUGAAGAAGAUCGAAGAGGAGACAGAGACCAAGAUAACCAUCUCCUCUUUACAGGACUUAACUAUUUAUAAUCCAGAGCGAACCAUUAUAGUCAAGGGGAGUAUUGAGGCCUGUUGUAGUGCUGAAGUGGAGAUCAUGAGGAAGCUGAGGGAAGCCUAUGAGAACGACGUUGCUGCUAUCAAUCAACAAACCAACCUUAUCCCUGGGCUAAGCCUGAGUGCACUGGGCAUAUUUUCAACUGGCCUGUCAGUGUUGCCACCAGCUGCCGGGCCCAGAGGCGUUCCACCCGUACCUCCAACCGGCUACAAUCCUUUUCUUGGUCACUCAUCACAGCUGAGUGGGUUGUAUGGCGUUCCACCUGCUAGUGCCGUUUCUCACCAGCACACAGCUCCUGAACAGGAGGUGGUCUACCUCUUUAUUCCAACUCAGGCGGUUGGUGCUAUUAUUGGGAAGAAGGGCCAGCAUAUUAAACAACUGGCGCGAUUUGCAGGAGCCUCUAUUAAGAUUGCACCUGCAGAGAGUCCUGAUGUCACUCAGAGGAUGGUCAUCAUCACUGGGCCACCAGAAGCUCAGUUUAAGGCCCAGGGUCGAAUAUUUGGGAAACUGAAAGAGGAGAAUUUCUUUACUGCGAAGGAGGAAGUUAAGUUGGAGACGCAUAUAAAAGUGCCGUCUUCAGCAGCCGGGAGAGUAAUUGGGAAAGGUGGCAAGACGGUUAAUGAGCUGCAGAACCUCACCAGCGCAGAGGUCAUAGUGCCGCGGGACCAAACCCCAGAUGAGAACGAUGAGGUCUUUGUGAAAAUCACUGGCCAUUUCUUUGCCAGCCAGACCGCACAGAGGAAAAUCAGGGAGAUCAUCCUGCAGGUGAAACAACAGGAGCAGAAGCACCAGCAGGGCUCCUCUGUGACACAUCACUCCAAGUGACCGCCAAGGCAGCCCCAGCGAGCACCUGCCGAUGAAUGUAGCCCUCCCAACUGGAAUCAGACCAGACCGGACGACGGGGACCGGCUGGGCAGACCAGCAGCCGCGGGAUCAAAACCAAAGAACUUCUUUCUAGGGGAGAUGAUGGAGCCACAGGCAGAAGGGCUCUGAGUGCACUGCCAGCUUGGGGAGAGGGUGGGGGGAGGAUGGAUGGAUGGAUGGAGUGGAAGACGACAAAUGUUUUAUUUCUUGUUUUAACAAACCCUGACUAAAAGAAAACUGGGCUUAUGGGGCGUCUUUUAUCAUGACAGUUAAGAAAGAAAACAUGAAGUUUGCUCCAAGUAACUUUCUAAUUUAGGUUUAGUUUAGGCUUAACUUACAGAUAAGAAGCUCCAUUAAUGUGUACACUGAUGCGUUUUGAAUGAGUUGUGUUUUUUUUUUUCGGGUAGGGAUAGCGUGGGUGUGCACAAGCAGAUGGGACAGAUUUUUUUUCCUCAUUAAAGGACCUGAAGUUUGCAAUUAAAUUUUUUCUUAGCAGUAUUGUCACCAAUACACUAGAACAAAUACACUGUUAUCUUAAGCGAAAGUACGGUUGUUCUUGUUUUGCACAAGCCAUCAGACGUGUAGUGCACAUAUGCAUUUGUUUUUGAGAUGGUUAAAAUGAUAAGGGUUACUCUAUUUGCAUUUUGGGAAACUUUAUCUAAAAAAAAAUAAGAAAAAACACGUAGGGGCAGUUUCCCGGACAGGGAUUAGACUAGUCCUAGACUUAAACACUUUUAAGAGCUCUCCAAACUGAAAAUAACUUUCACUUACAGAUCUUAAAUUACAUCAGGGCCCUUUGUUUUACUUCAAGAUGCACACAGGUAAUGUUUUUAGUAAGGCAUGUUGUUUAAAACUAGUUAUAUUUCCUAAUUAAACUAAGGCCUAGUCCUGGAUUAAGCUAAUCCUGGUCCGGGAAACCGCCCCGUAAAGUUUAAGAAAGACCGGUGGAUUAUUCUGAAUCUUUGUUAUUUAGCCUGUGUGUGCCAACAGACAUUUCUUACUGUGCAUAUCUUACGGUUUUCAUUUUUAGCUUUCAUCUUGUUUAGUUUGCGCUUUUCUUCUCUCAAUUAUAUCAGCUAAUGGUUUCUAAGUGAAAAAAUUUCCCACAAAUGUUUUCGCAGCCUCUGUUUUAAGUCACCAAUCGGCGCUUUACAAACACACAGAGUUGGGGGUAUUCAAGUUAAAGUGACAGGCCUGUAUGCGUAGUGAUGUUGUAUUUGUGGAUUAGAAGCACCUCUUGUUUGCUUUAGUGGUGUAAAAAGAAUAUAAAGCAAGUAUUAGCGUCUGAAAGACAGCGCACCUUUACUGGUUUGGUGCACCAAAAACUCUGCCUUAAUCUGUGCUGAAACAAAACGAAUAGGCGACUCAAAAUGUGAUUGGAGCAUCAGGUUGAAGAACGACGGUGUCACAUACAGUUUAAGAAGGCACUCGUAUGAUCUGUGGUACACACACGACAUUGUUUGGUUUUAAACCUCUUUGUCAGGGAGCUUUCUAAACGGCAUGACAGCUGUGAAUGUACAAUAUGCAGCCUUUUAGAAAGAAUGGCACCUUGCAGCGAUCAGUGAGCCGAUUGGUCAGUCGACCGUUAUAACAGUUUGCUGGAUGGCAGGCAUGGAUAUCCCUUUGUGUUUUAUUUUUUUAUUAAUUUGUUUCUUUUGACCAUGGAAGCUUGUGGCCUUAAACGUCACCGGUCUAUGACAUCACAGACAGCUCCCUCAUCCAAUGAGAGCGAAGCCUCAUCUUCCAGACGCAAGGGUUUAUGCCAAUACGCACAGCUUCCAUAUGUGUGUAUGCGUGUGUGUAUAUAGAUACAUAUAUAUACAUAUAUAUAUAAAGAGAAAGAAAUAUUUAUGAAUCUAUUUUUCCUAUUUUGUGAUGAGAGCUAUUAAUAAGAAACAAACAAAAAAGUUUUUUUUUUUUUGGUGGAACACUGCCAUGUUAUUCUGAAGGGAAGUGUUUAUGACUAUGAAUAUUGAUAGUAUACUAACAAGAAGAACAGUAAGUGAAUUACCACAACACUUUGAUCAGAAUGUGAUCAGUGCGCAUGUCAGUAUUGUGAUCUACCUCAGGCGUCAGGGUACCUCAGUCCAAACUUUAAAUUCCCUUUUUUUCCACAUUUUGUAUGCCUUGUAAACUGAAUCUUUUCUGGUUUUCCUUUUAAUAAUAAAAAUAUCAAGAAAAAAUAUAUAGUCUAAAGUCUUCAGGUCUGACGAAAAAUGAAUAGACCACAGCUUUCAAAACCGAACUUUGUAUCCGAAUUUACCGCAUUUACCGGACACAAACACAAAAUCAGUGCUAAGAUUUAAAGAAUGUGUGAUAGAGUCCACAUGACCAAAUAGAAAAAUUACAGGGGUACCUGCCCGAAAGGGAUUUUAAAUGUGGAUACUGUGUACUGAUUUCUAGAUCAAGACAAAAAAGGAUAAGGGACGGUUCACAUUUCGCAUCUAAAACUGCGCAGAAAAUGCGACCACGUCAACUUUUCUCCUUUCUUUCUAAUGCUGCGUUGUGCGUUCACACCAGCCGUGCUAGAGGCGUCAAGCGCGAGUUAUUUCAAUGUUAAGUCAAUGUUAAGACGCGUUGACGUGCGUCUGGAGGUCUCGCGGCGCAAGUGAGACGUUUAGCGCUGCACGGUCUAGUUCGCGCGAAUUGAGCGUUGCCACGACAAAUGCACGAGUUGAAAAAUUGGAACAUUGGGGGGAAAACGUGUUGCGUUAACCAAUCAGGAGGUUGCUCUAGUAGUAACAUGAUUACAGGAAGCGAGCGGAGUCGCAGAAGCCCCUCCCAUGACGUGAAGUUCCGCGUGAAUGUCUUAGACUAGAAUUUCACGCGCGAAUGAAGAGAGUAAACUCAAAAUGUUCAAGCGGCAAACUAGACGCGGUAGACGCGAAUUUGACACCUCUAACGCGAGUUAAACAAUUUGUGCGAGUAGAUUACAUACAAAGUCAAUGCAAAAACACGAUCAGAUGCGUCCUCGCGGGGGCAAUGCGAAUGACGCGAAUUGGGCAGCGCAAUUGAUUUCAAUGUUAAGUCAAUGUAAAGAUACUGACGUGCGUCUGGAGGUCUCGCGGUGCGAAUGAGGUGUGUAGCGUGGCAGCCGCGUUUUCACCACAUUCGCGCAUCUAGUUCGCUGAGAAACGCAGGAGUUGAAAAAUUUGAACUUUGGCGGGAAAACGCGCUGUGUUAACCAAUCAGGAGCUUGCUCUAUUAGUGACGUGAUUACAGAAAGCGGGCGAGUCGUAGAAGCCGCUCCCAUGACGCCAAUUUCCGCGUGAAAUGUCUUGAUAACUAGAAUUUCAAGCGUGAAUGAAGCGUGUAAACUCAAAAUGUUCAAGCAGCAAACUAGAUUUUGACGCCUCAAACGCGGCUGGUGUGAACCCACAGUAACGCGCUUUCCGACACGGCAAGUUAAUGUAUUUUUAACUGGCGACGUCACUAUUGAUUUAAGUCUUCAAAAACAUUAAAAAUAACGUAUUUGUGCUCAAAAAAUGUGAACCGCCCCUAACGGAGUGGAUUAUAAAAUAAAAUGGCUUAUUGUAAUUGUAAAAGUAUUAUCCUUGCCAGCUUUCUCUUUACAUUUUAUAAAACAUACAAAAGUACACUGUAAAAAAUACUUUGCUGCCUUAAAAUUUUUUGUUGAAUCAACUUGAAUUUACAAGUCAUUUCAACUUACUAUUAUUUAUCUUGACUAGAGAUGAGUUGUUAUAACUACAGGUGAGUUGUUAUAACUUAUAAAUUUAAGUUGACUUUUCUCAACUAUAUUUUAUAAGUUGUGACAACUAAUUUCUGUUGACAUGACUUGUAAAUCUGAGUUGAUUCAACAAAAAAAUUUAAGGCAGCAAAGUUUUUUUUACAGUGUACAAAUUCAGGAAUCGCAGACCAAAUUUUAUAACAAAGGUUUUUUUACAGGCCUUUCACAUGACUCAAAUAUAGGGUUGAUAAAAAAUAUUAAAGAAAAAUAUAUAAAACAGCAGUCCAUUGAGUAGUCGAUCUAGUAAGUGUUUAUGAUAAAACAAAUGCAGGUCUCAGAUGUACACAUUGGCUUUUUCUCAUCUUCAUUUAAAGUCACGGUGGAUCUGUUGCCAGAUAUAUAGUAAAUAUACUGUAUGCUGUAAUCUGUGUAACCUCUCAAAGCUUGAGGUAUAUGUCACAUAAAUGAGCUAAGUAUGGAAAAGUCAACGAAGAGAACAGAUGGUGACUAGGUCCAGGUGCAUGUGCCUGUAAGGAUGGUUUGCUUUUAUACAGUAAUUCACAACUACUCACAAUUGUCUAUGGACUGAACUGCAAAGUGAUUUUAGUUUUUUCUAACGUUUUACUGUUUCCACUGGGGUUUGAUACUCAGUUGAUGUGUUUUACCAGAGACCUGUGUAAAUUGUUAGUUUUUACCUACACUGACGCAACUUGUCCACAUACGCUUAUACCCACGAAGAGUAGCACAGAUGUUAGGUGCUAAAGACCAUGAUGUUUUGUUAGGUUUUUUUUAGCAGAGUCAAUUGUUUCCAUGAAGUUUCUAUGAAGGCCCAUACUCUUCUCUUAUUUUUUUGUUUUACUUAAAUAGCUGACUAUAGGUUCACGGUUCUUAAUUCUGUGAAGGGUUGUAGACGUUGCCCGAUGAGGCAUUCAUUUCCCCGAAUGAUCGAUUUUCUGCUAAAUCUCAGGUGUUUGCUCAGUGAUGGGUUUCAGGUUGUGUAGCAGUAUGAUAACUCAGAUUACUUGUAACUGUUAGUGUAACUGUAAUAUGCGCCACGCUGUUGAUAGACUUCUAAGUGGUUCUUAACUUUUGCUUAAGAGUUUGUAUUUCAGAGCUUCGUCAGGUGUGCAUCGGUCGGUAUUUAACUUUACAGAAGCAUUAGUCUUUACAUGCAUUAACUAACACCACACGGUUAUAUUGUCUCUGUAGUCUGGUAAUUUAACUGUCUUGCUAUCCAUUAUGAUAUCCUGUAACAUAACGCUAGGGUGAAUCGAGGUCUUGCAUUCUUUUUUAGGCCAACAAGCGUAGCUAAUAAAUCAAACGAAUCGGGUCGGUUUAGGAUUAGCUGUUGUUUGUCGUGUUGGCAUGAAUUAUCAUCUUGAAACGAUUGCGAUUUGUACCCUAAAGCUUUAGGGUGAAAGAACACUUAAAUUAGGUGCUGUUCUAUGUUAUUUGCCAUAGGUUGAUAUUAGAAUAGGCACCACACACAGACACAGCUGUAGAUGCUCACAGUAUGACAGCACCGUUCUAGUUACACUUAACUCGGCUUGAGAGGAAAAUCAGAGCGAUGCACGAGACAUCAACACAAAUCAUAGGCUGUGAAAAGAACUCCUUUAUGCCUUUUCUACAUCCACGGCAGAUCCAUUCCUACGCGGCUCACUAGCUUCUCAUGUUGGUUCAUUUUGAGCGAUGUGAAACGUUGACUGAGCUCGCUGCACUGCCUGUAUUGCCCCCCAGCUGGAUUGUGGGUAAUGGGAGGGGGCAGAGAACUGAGAGCUGAUUUUUUGCUAACAACCAUGUUGUUUUGACAUGUAGGUGAACUGUACUGCUGAUCAACAUGGAUUUGAGCAAUAAAAACUGUUUCUAAAAA